GUGGAAUGAAGGAGUCUGCCUCAGAGACUCUGCUCCAAGAGAGUCCCGGGCCCCCAGUGUCUUCAAAGAUCUAUUAUGAACAGGGCUGCCCGGCAUAGGUUGACAUCCCCACACAAGCCUGCCCCAAGCCCGGCACCCCAGCCACCCCACGCUGCCUCCACUGUCUGGCCCGGUCUGCUGGGCAGCACGCAGCCAGGUGAGAAAGCCAAGUCCAGCUUGCGGGAUGGUUGGUGGUCACCCACCGUGCCUGAGCUGCUGGUGCGCAAUGAGAGGACUGCCCUACAUCUCCCCAUUUCCCAGCUGCCUCGGUUUCCCUUCCUAAAAGAGGCAGAAUUCUGGGAGGCGAGGAGUCACAGGGACCCUGAAAGGGCGUGCGAGCCGCCUGGGGACACUGGCCCCACUGUCAAGAUCAAUCGCCCUAAGCCUGUCUGAGGCGCUCCAGGCUUAGAAGCAGCUGUGAAAGCCGCCUUUGUGCCUCAGAGAAUGAACCUCAAGAGGACGGGGGACCCUGGCCCCAGGCGCCCCUCGGGACCUGGCUGCUGAGAUCAGCGCCAGCAGGGAGGACCCCAGCACAGCCCCGCAGCCCACUCAGGCCUGGUGCCCACCUUGUGCCAUGGGAGCAGCCCAGGGGAAGAAGAAAAAAUACUCUCCACAGGCCAGAUUUCAUAGUGAAAAUGAGAAGCAGAAACUAAAUGGCUCAGCCGCCAUGUACUCGGAGAUCCAGAGGGAGCGGGCGGACAUCGGGGGCCUGAUGGCCAGGCCAGAAUACAGAGAUCGGAACCCGGAGCUCAUCAAGCCCAAGAAGCUGCUGAACCCUGUGAAGGCCUCCCGCAGCCACCAGGAGUUGCACCGGGAACUGCUCAUGAACCACAGGAGGGGCCUCGGGGUGGACAGCAAGCCAGAGCUGCAGCGAGUCCUGGAGCACCGCCGGCGGAACCAGCUCAUCAAAAAGAAGAAGGAGGAGCUGGAGGCCAAGAGGAUGCAGUGCCCCUUUGAGCAGGAACUGCUGAGACGGCAGCAGAGGCUGAACCAGCUGGAAAAACCCCCAGAAAAGGAAGAGGACCACGCCCCGGAGUUUAUUAAAGUCAGGGAAAACCUGCGGAGAAUUGCCACGCUGACCAGUGAGGAGCGGGCGCUGUAGGCCUGUGGGGCUCUGCCACCGCCCCCCCCCCCCCGCCCCCCGGGCCGGACACCCUCCUCCAGCCCUUCUGCACCUGGCAUCCCUGGGCCCAGGCCUCAGGAGGUCCCUGAUAUUCCCACCUGCCCCCAUAGAAACGUGUCACCCCUGAGGGCCAGGAUCCCCCUGCAGAGGCUGGAGCCCUGCGCCCCUAGGCUUUUUCUUCUGAGCACUCAGCCUCUUCUGCUCCAAGAGGGAAGUGCUUCCCCAGGGCGCCCUCUCUGAACUGGGAAGGAGGGAGAGGCGGCCCUCUGGCUUGUCAAGCCCUGCAUUCUGCCCAGGUCUUCCCACCAGGAGCCUCCCAGGCAGUCUUCACAGGGCAACCUGGUCCUAGGUCUCCCCCACCGUGUUUACCUACAGCCAGCAGAGCUUAGCUUCAAGGGCACCUGCCUGAAAGCCACCGGGGGCGGGGAAGGGCAGGGCAGCCCACAGGCAGUCAUGUUGCUGGCAUCACAACCAGGUAGGAAGGGUACUAACAUGGACAGCUUGUUGAGCUUUGCCAGGCUCCCCCUAACACACAACUGGGCUUUAAUUUCCUCCUCUGCACAGCCCACUCUGUCCAGGCCUUGUGACUGCACCUAACCAAGGCCGCAGAUUCCUGCACCCAGAGGUCUGCAACAGCGCUUCACAAACUUUUCUGUGCAUAGAAAUGCUGGGGGUCUUAUUAACACACAGCUUCUGAUUCAGUAGAUCUGAGAUGGGGCAGAGAUUCUGCGUUUCUAACAAGCUCCCAGGUGAGGCCGAGGCUGCUGGUCUGAGGACCCUACUGUAAGCAGCAGAGCUGGGCGUGGGGAGGGCAUUCAUUGGAAAUCUCAUCCUUAAAGCUAGCACUGCCCCCCAACUCCCAUGGCCCUCUGCCCUGGGGGUUUCCACCCCACCCCUGCAGCCCCAAGGACUCUCCAUUCAUUAUCCACCCCACCCCUAGGACCCCUGCCUGGGAAGACCUUGGCCUAGCAAAUUGUGUUGAUUGUGUGCUUGUUGUUUUUAUCAGAGAUGUAUAUAAUUGCCAACCUGCAUUCCUUACCAGUGUGAUCACACUGUUACGAUGCAAUUCUAGCCAAAAAAAAGAAAAAAAUGUUUUACCUAUUCCUACAGCCUUAUGGAAAGCAGAUGUACAAUGAUUUCCAACUGGCGUCUGGAAAACUGGUUUGAAGACCCUAUUCUUUUUACAGACUGGUCCCCUUUGAGUUGCAUUUCCAGUCUUUGUCACCUGAGAUCCUCCCUCUCCCCAGGCCAGCUCUGAUGAAUUCUUCCUCAAGAAACCCUUCCUGUGCAAGACCCAAAUAUCUUUACCUUUUCUCCUGUCCCAUUUUUAAAGAUUUGGGAGAGCAAAUGAGCCCUGUUUCUUUUCCCCGAACGCAUCAGUUAAGGUGACAGAGUAGUGCUGGAAAAGCAUCACCUUUCACUCUCCCAGAACUGCCAGAAAGAGCUACCCUUGGGAUUCCCUUUGAUUCCUGGAAGUAAAGAUAGGACCGACAGGAGGAAAGGAAUCGCCCUGGUCUCCUCCUAACAGGGUGACUUAAAGGUGAUUGCAGAUGUCACCUUUUCCUGUGUGUGGUGCCAGCAUAGGGGUAUGAAGGUAGAUAGAUCCCCUGCCUAUGUGAGUGUGUGUGUGUGUGUGUGUGUGUGUGUGUGUGUGUGUGUGUGUGUGUGUGAGAGUGUGAAGCUUUAAAUGGCUCCUGAAUGUGACUGUCUUGAUGAGAAUGUGAGACCGCUGUUUCCAACGUCUGCCAGCUGAGGGCUACACUAAAGAUGCCCAACCCCUAUAUAAGACCACCACUUCCCCCAAAGAAGUGGUCCUUGAGGGUCCAUGUGUUGUUCAGGACAAGCAAGACAAAGGGUUCAGAUGGAAUAGGACCCUCCGAGGAAAUGCAUGGGGUUUCGCCAGUAGUUCCCAAGGGUGCUCCAUGGAGGCCACCAGUCAUGGAGAUGAAGACCCAGAAGUAGAAGGGUCCUCAAGCAACACAUUGUCCAAGGCAGCCACAUUGGCCAGGACAGUCAGGCCGACAUCCUUGGCUCAGUCUCCAGAGGUCAGUCCCAACUCCAUCUCUCUAGCACCUUUCACUGGGAGGCCGUCAAUCCAGAUUCUCACUGUCUCAGCCUCCUUUUCAACUUGGGAAGACUGUGUAACCAGGUACGGCCAAUGAAAUUGAAAGGGAAGUCUACAGGGGCUUCUGGGAUAAAAAGACACAAGCAUGGCUAACACCUCCCUGUCCCUCCCUUCUUCCUGCCUUGAUUGAGAUUGUGAUGCCUGGAGCCACAGCAGCUAUCUUAUCACCAUGAGAAAAAAGCCAAGACAAUCAUGGGGUCAUUGACCCUAUCAUUAUUUGACCAAGCCAAUGCCUGCAGCCAUCCUUCUUCAGAAUCCUUGUAAAUAAAAAUAAAUCCCUCUUUGUUUAAGCAA